AUAUGCAUCAGUAAUUAAAUCUGAUCGGCAAAAAGAACUCUGAUAACAACCAUUGUCUACAAUGUUAACAACGCACUAUUUAAGAUCGAACAAGCCAAUUUCAAAGUAUCGUAUUUAUGUUUUUAUGACUUAAACUUAUGGAUUGUAAAAUAUUACGAUUUUUUAUUUUAAUUCUAGUCUUGUCUUGCUAUUUUUGUAGUACAGCUGCUCAAUUUUCAGAAUGUGAAACUGACGAUGCCUGUGUCAAAAUAACAGAGUCAGUGUGUAUCAGUAAUAACUGUUCAUGUAUUGAUAGUGAUGUGCUUGUGGGAAGUGCCUGUCUCUAUGACUGCGGUACCCCUCAAAUUCCAGUUAACGGUAACGUGUCCUUGUUAGCUAGAACACUGCAAGGGGAUAUAGCAAUAUAUGAAUGUGAUGCCGGAUACCGGCUUGUGGGUAACGAAGAAACCAUUUGCGCUAGAGGAGGCUGGGACACAUUCCCUCCAACUUGCGAAAACGGUAACCUUGGUGACGAUUGUACAUCGAAACCUGACGUUUGUGAUAAUCUUGAAAAUGCUGUUUGUGAUGACUGUGGUGUUUUACCUGGCCAACAUAAUGGACGUGUAAAUAUAACAGACGGAACGGAAUACAAUGGCACCGCUACAUAUAGUUGUGAUGAGGGAUUUCAACUGGUUGGUGACAAAACUCGUCAAUGCUUAAACACAGGAAAAUGGAGUGGACUUGAACCGUCUUGCAUCAGAAAUGCCGUUAACAUACUAAAAUGCGAAACAGACACGGAUAGCCAGGGCACUGUUUGGACUGAGGUGGUAGCCGAUAAUACAAGAGUUGAAGAAUGCGCAGAAGGCUUUACGGGAAAUGUAACAAGAACCUGCCUGACUGAAGGAAAAUGGACAUUCCCCCAGUACAACUGUAUACGGGAAAGCGUACAAAAUGUUAACAGUAAAAUUGCUUAUUUGGACAACACUGUAACUGAAGAGAUUGUGAGUGAUAUCCUGGCAGAUAUUAAUGUUGUAACAACACCUAGUGAUGAUACAGGAGGUCAAGAGAAACUGACCGAUGGUGAACUUCGUGUAUUGUCAUCGUCCCUUCAGAAAGUAGCCGAAACCUUAUCAUCAUCAGUAAACAUAUUAAAUGAUAACAUAACUAACGAUUUCAUCCAAUCUGCAAGUAAUCUAAUUGACAGAUCAAACCAGGAAAGCUGGAAAUAUUUGUCAGGGAGUGUUGCUGGGGAGCAAAUGUUGAAAGCCGUUGAUUUUCUUGGUGAAGCCCUCAGUAAAACCAUUAACUCAUCAGAAGAGUCGACAAAAGUCGUUGUUAAGCAGAACAUUGCUCUUGAAGUGAAAAAGUUUGCAAAUGCUGAUGUUGUCUUUCCUGACCCUGAGUCCAUCAUCAAUGGGACGGGCGGCCAGGAAAUAAACUGGAUAACGGAAACACAAACGAGCCUCCUGCUGGAUUCAAAUACCUUAAAAUCUUCUGAUAGCACAAGUUCUUUUGUGACAACUGCCGUCAUGUACAGAGAUUUGUCUGAAAUCCUGCCACCAACAACACAAGGCGACUCAAAGGUUACAAAUGCUGGACUAGAAGAUAAAGAUGAAAUUAAUGCUCCCGUCAUUUCCUUGACAAUAUCUCCUAACAUCGGGAAGAAGCUCGAUCCACCUCUCAAGGUCACAUUUGAACACAGAAGGAAAAAUCUCACUGCGCCAUUAUGUGUGUUUUGGGAAUUCCAGGGUAAUGUUAUCGAGACAAGCGGGUAUUGGUCUACUGAGGGAUGCAAGCUUGAAUCCACGAAUGACAACGUGUCUGUCUGUACGUGUGACCAUGUUACUAAUUUUGCAGUUCUGAUGAGCCCUUUUAGAGAGGCUGAUGCUUCCUCAAAGGCUCUGUGGAUUAUUUCCAUUGUUGGUAUCGGAGUGUCCAUGGCAUUUCUGUCGGUAACGUUUGGAGUGUAUUUCAUUCUUUGGAAGUAUUUGCGAAAUGACCGCACGACAGUGCUGAUGAAUUUGUGUGCUGCGCUUAUGAUUGCCUAUAUCACUUUUUUGUCUGGAGUUGACAGCACGGAAAGCAAUGUUGCAUGUGCUCUAAUUGCUGCCGUUCUACAGUAUAUCUACUUGGUUGUGUUUUGUGUUAUGCUGGUUGAAGGCAUUGAUAUUACUAUAAAAGUGAAAUAUGUGUUUAAUUCAAAGUCGAGAGUAAAGCGCAUGCUUGUUCUAGCAUGGGUGAUGCCAGCCGUUAUUGUGGGAAUAUUGCUCGGAGCAUCAAAACUUGAAGGCUACGGUAAUCAGAAUUUUUGUUGGCUGUCCGUGGACAAUGGUUUGGUGUGGGCUUUCGUCGCACCUGCUUUACUAAUUAUCUCAUUAAACUGCAUCUGCCUGGUUGUAGUUUUUCAUGCCAUGUUCAAAACAAAAGCUAUGGAGACAAAGAAAACACCUGACAAGAUAAAAACAGGUCUCUGGUCCCUGUGUGUCCUGGUUCCAGUGCUAGGUGUUUCCUGGAUUCUUGGAAUAUUCUAUAUCAAUGACAGUUUCUAUUUCGUUCAGUAUAUAUUCGCCAUAUUAAAUGGACUUCAGGGAUUUUUCAUAUUCUUGAUUCACUGUUUCUUAAAUGCUCAGGUAAAGAAAGCCGUUAAACAAUUAAGAAGAAGAAGAAGACCGUUUAAACCAACAUCUAAACGUUUACUGAAGGAAGACAGAAGUGUUAAAGACUCAAAAGGAACAGGACAAUGGUACUUUGACAGUGGUGGUAACGAACAGGAUACAAGUGCCGAUUGGAGACAGAAGGCUUUACAUCCACACCUUGGCGUUUGGCAAGACUCGUUACAACGGACAAAGCCUAUGAGUAUACAUGAUGCUGGAAGGCCGUCCGCUGCAUUUAGUGAGGCAUCACGUGACCAGCUAACAGGAGAUAAGUCACUGUCGUAUCCGGAACACCUCAGAGGUCUCUCCAAUCAUCUGGACAACCGGUUAUUCUCUGUGAAAUUUUAAUAGACUACAUCUGAUAGUAGAACUCUCAGCAUCGCACAGUGGGGCUAAUAGUCACACUAACAAAGUGACAUUCCGAAAAGUAUAUUUAAAACUACCUGCAUUGACGAGCUGAAAAACAGUCAUUCCGAAUGCUGUUUUAUUUAUUAGACGCCACUUUCAACGAUAGCGUAAAGGGAUUUUGAUAAAUGAAGUGUUAUGCCAAGAUAAUCCAUCGGUGUUUUUUUUUCUCAGGAACCUAUAAAUAGGAAAACAUAGAACAGCACAAUUCACAAUAAAGAUUUGUUCUUACUAUGUAUCUGAAGUAAACUUAAUUUUCA